AUGGGAACUUGGUUUUGGAUCCUUGGCUGGAUUCUGUCCAUUCUGACGAUGGCUGGAAAUGGUUUCACCGUACUUCUUGUGGGCAGUCGGCGUCGGCUUCGCACCAAAACCAACGCGUUCAUCUUUUCACUUGCGGUGGCGGAUUUCUGUGUUGGGGCGUUCGUUGUUCCUUCACUGUUCGUCUGUCACUUCAGAGGUGGCUGCGAUUGGCCUAAAAGCUAUGCGUCCUGGGUGGAAUUUAUAAGGUGGCUCUUUCAGUACGCCUCAAUAAUGAACCUGUGCAGCCUCGUACUAGAUCGGUAUAUGGCUAUUGUAAAGCCACUGAAAUACGUCACCUUCAUGACUGCGCGACGAGUAACCCAACUAACAUUUAUUUCUUGGGGGAUUCCUCUUGGUCUUGCAAUUUGGUCUCUUUUCAUGACUUUAUAUUUAACAUUUUCGAUAUGUUCGAUGUUCUUAGCCGUACAGUUUGCGAUCCUCGAGAUUUUCUUCAUCUGCAUGUUAAGCUUCUGUUUUAUUUCCAUGUUAACAGUUGUAUACAAGCAAACUCGAUCAUCAGCCAUCUUAGCAAAACAGUUACGUUUCAACCACCAAGGUUUGAUAUUCAACGCAUAUGACAAAUCAGCAGUUGUAAUGUUGGCAGUUGUGGUAGGCUUCGCUCUAGCUUGUUUCGCAACUUACUUGCGAUGUAGCUUUCUUCAAAUUAAAGUUUUCGGAAACCAUACAACUCAACUACACCUUUCGUGUAAAAGUGACUUUGCGUACAAAAUACCUAUGAUAGUUCUGAACUCUGCAAUAAACCCUUUGGCAUACGCUUUCUUUAAGCGUGAUAUUAAAAAAGCCCUAAAAGGAAAAUAGCUUUCUCCUGAGGUUGGUCGACUUGGCAAAAUGUAUUUUAGAUUGUAAAAGCUUAACCUUAGAGUGUAUAUUCCCAACAAAUUCGUUGAAUGUGUUCACCUUAAAUGUAGCGCAAUUCUAACCAUGGAAUAAAUUAUUGGCAUUUUAUGAUAAAUUCCUGUUUGUUUUACUAAUCCAUUUUUUCUCGAUUUCCUGUUGAUGAAGAUGUAAAAAAAGUCGUCUUUAGCGUUAUAUGCACCUGUCUCUAUUUAAAAAAAAAAAAAGAAAUUAGCUUCUGCCUCGCUAAGAAGGUGAAUAGUGAUUUUGAUUGGUUGAUUAUAAAUUCCAUGUUUAAAUGGUUUUUAAUAACACCUAUUGGGGGCUUCCCUUGACAGUCUUAACAACGUCACGAAUAUUGUAAAUUUUAAUUUGAGAUGAACACCUUGACUGACCAAUAUUUUGCAGUCAAGAAAGAGCAAUAAAAGAAAUAGAAAAUUAGAUACAAUAACACAGGUAACUUAAGUUACGAAGAAGUUCUCCCUUUUUUCAAGUGCCUAAGUUUUUAAAUUCACUUGACAACAAGGUCAUCAACUCUCAAUCCUUCUCCUCUUUUAAGAAAAAACUGAAGAUUAAAUUAUUGAGUAAGUAUAAAAACAGUUCAUAAGUCUUCCCAUCUUCGACUUUUCCAAUUCUUUUCUUCAAUUGAUGUGAAACAGCUCUAUCUCAUAGUUCGAGGAGGCCUAACCUCUCAUAAGCUCCUAUAGUUUCUGUUAGGUCUCCUCGCCACUUCUUUUUUUCUUCUUUUCCUAUAUUUUUUGUAAUUAUUGUGUGGCAAAUAAAAUAAAAUAAAUAAUAAAAAAAUAAAUAAGUUUACAUCUGUUUAUUUACAUGUCAAAGCCAAAGGGAAAGUAAAGAGUAGCGGGCAUAGACCAUGGAGGUGUGGUAUACCCUUUCAAAAGCAAUUGGGAUGUAAGUCCUGUUUCAUCCCCUGUCACUGUGGCAAAUUCAAAAAAGUUAAAGCACACAGCCCAGGGGGACCCUACGAGAAUAUAGUUCAAAACCACUUAAGCAUAGCAUUGUUAAACGUAUUUUAGUAUUUAAACGGUCAUAUAGGCAUAUUUUUAUCCAGUAAAAAUUUUUCAUCUGUUCGGAUUUCCUAGCUGAAAGUCUAGUGAUCAGAAAAUUAUAGGGAUCAAAACUUACCUUUUCAAAAAUUUUCAGCCAGAAAAAAGGCUCCCGAAAAUUCUAGGUGACCUUCUUGGGGUAAAAAUUCUUUAAAAAUGAGCAAUUAUACCAUUUUUCAGAUGUUUGAAAAUCCUAGGAGAGGUAGGCAAGCAAGAAAUUUUACAAAAAAUGUUGCGAAAAUUCUACAUCUCAAAUCGUCUUCCGAACAGAUAUUUUCCGAAAAUUGACGUUGGGUGCCCCUGACAGCCUUGUCGCCUUUCUCUGCUUAUGUCUCCUCAAGAGAAUGCGCCGCCAACCCCUAAGCAUGUCUUAUUUACAAGGUAGGUAAUUUCUUAUCAACAAACAGCUGUGUUUGUGAUUGAAAUGCCAACUGAGCAUGAUCAGAAGCCAAUUAUUAGCUAAUAGAAAAGGAUAUCAAAUGUUUCCCAUAGAUCCCACAGCAAUUAAUGCAAAAAAUUCUCCAAGGACAUGGGAUUUCUUUCACUCUUCAGUGAAUCACAUUAGACAUAAUUUAACAGCCACCAUUUUUCCUAUAUGCUAAUAGUUAUAAUAUGGCUUUAACUAAUGAAACCUUUUGUAGACAGUGCAUAUUAAACUUCCAAACUAACAAGAUGUUACCUCAAAAAUAAUUCAAUUUUAAUAAAAAAAUUAUUAAUCAAUAAUCAGUUACAUGUGGUAAAGCCCCGAGAACAUCUUUGUGGGCUGGAGGCUAUAACUAAGACCCAGUUGCUAGCUAAUUUCAUCCACUGGAAUAGAGAUUAAAUUGCUUUAGAAAACAACAACAGGUAAUUCUGAAGGUGCAGUUAAGAAAGAACUCUGGAUUGACUGAUAAAAAAGCAUGCUUAGCUUUUCCUUAGCUCCAUCUGAGGUGAUGUAGGGUAUUUUGCCUCUGUGCAAAUUUUGGUGGCAAGGUGCUACUGGGACUUCCAAACUUUUAAAACCUGUGUUAAACUUAGUUCAGCAGAAAUUUUUGUGACCCUAUUUUACAGUAGACCAACAGCUGUAAUGUUCACACUAAAUUGUCUUUUACUACAUGCAAGUUCAGAUUACAUGACACCUUAAGGAAAUAUCAACUGUUAUCUGCAGUUUCCUUCUCAAACCUGUUUCUGGACACUGGCCAGGAGGGUAGUUAGUAAAUGUCUUUUUAAAUGGGACACCCCUCAUCAAAUUCUAAAUCCUCACCUUUUCACCCACCUUUAAAUUAACCUUUUAUUUACUGUCCCAAUGGCACAAAAUCAUUAUCAAAAGUAAACGUCACCAUUGAGUGUAAUAUGUAACUAUCAACCAGCCUAUCUUCUUACCUAAUCCGAGUCCAGUUGGAAGUUGGAAGUCAGAACUACUAAGGAUGAAUUUUACUUUAUCCAGUCUUUCAGUCAACCGUGGAUGUGUGUAGGAUUUCACUUCAUUGCCCUCUUCUGUAAAAAAGUCUUCACCUUCUUCUCCAAGCAAACUUCGCUGGACAAGAUUUAGUUUCAGUCUUCUUGUGAAAAAGUCUACUCCACCUUUAGCUAUCUGCGGAGUGCACUCAGCAGAAAUUUUAUCUGCAUUGAAUUCACUAAAGUGUUGUACCUUUCGAUUCACAAGCCUGUAAGCAAAGUAGUUGACUCCACAAACGCUUAGAUUAAGAAGUAAGUUCCACAUGGCUUGCUUUUUAAAAGUUCUAUAAUGGACAAAACGGAUCAUUUUAUAUGUCAGAAACAACCAGAAAGGCGAGGCAAAAAUAUCAAACAUUUUGAAUUCUAAGCGUUGGAUGUGUGCUAGUUCGUAACCAAUGGUGAAAGCGAUCAUAUCUGACGUAGGAACAUAACAAAAUUUCACAGUUUCUCCGAAUUCUGAAUCCCACUGGAUAUUUCUUCCUUGAAAUUUCAGACCGGAAGUUGCAACUUCUUCUUCAGUUUGAUACAAAUACCACCUUGGCAAACCUAUCACUGCUCCCGCAGGAAACCAUGUCGAACCGGCAGACACAGCAUGAAAACCUUCAUUCACAAAUAAGGUCACUUUCUGUUCACUCGGAAACUGAACACAAAAGUUUCAAUUCUUCGUCGCAUUCGUAAACUUAUACCCUCAGAUAUUAUGAUUAAACUGUACAAAGCAUUUAUUCUGCCUCACUUUGAAUACGCAUCACCAUUGUUCAUAGGUCUAAGUAAAGGUUUGUCUGCAAAACUAGAGUCAACCAAUGCAUUUGCUCUUAGGACUCUUCUUAACUACUCCAAGUCGACUGCUUAUGAAGACCUACUUAAAACUGUACAUAUCAAAAGCUCGGAACAUCGACGCAUAGAACAAGCACUGAUACUUGUAUACAAUACGCUCUUCUCACUUAUGGUAAUAUGCCCGUCUAACCUCGUUUACGGGUAAAAAUUCUUUUGAAAUUCAAAUACGAAAACGUCGUCUGAUUAGCAUUUCAAAGGACUUUUUACUCAAAAACGAGGUUAGACGGGCAUAUUACCAUACGUGAGAAGAGCGUAUAGCAUUUAUAACCAGGCACCGAACUACAUUCGGGAAAUGUUUUUACUGCGAAGCAAUGGUUACAGCCUACGGGGCCAUCUUAAGGUUGUUCUUCCAAGACCGACCUCAUCUUAUAUGCAACAUUCUUUCACGUACCAGGCUGGCAAACAAUGGAACAGUCUACCAGACAAAAUAAGGAUGUCGGAGUCCCUCUCUAUCUUUAGGAAAAACUUACAAAACAUACAGUUGUCUUCAUCGUAUGACUGCAACUGUGAAUUUUGUAAAUAGACAAUCUGAUUACCAAUAUUUUUUCUUUUUAAAUUAUUAUUAUCUUUUAGUUGGUUUAAUUUUUCUAUUUCUUAUUUUUAUUCAUUACUCGUACAUGUAGAUUAUGUAAAUUAUCACGUUGUAAUUUUUAUGGCACAUUUGCAUUUAAACGAGCUAUCGCUCAUAUGCGAUAUGUGGUUAAAUAAAAUUACUUACUUACUUACUUACUGUUCUUCAAACCUAAUUUCACGACUACUUCUUUAAACUGCUCGCGGCAUGUCUCAGGAACGUCUACGAGGAUGCCAUUUUCAUCUUUUAGAGCGUUAACUUGCUUACAAGCCUGAUGGGGAAAUAACUCCCCAGAAGCAUUAAUCACAAAUAAUCCUCCAAUACCAAGACGAAUACAAACACGGACUAUUUUAUCCGCCAUAUUAGAUUUAGUAAAUGACCCGGCCUGGUGCCUAGUUUUGACCUCAGCCCCAGAUCCUUCUGGACGAUAUCUCACAGGCAGCCCAGUCGUUAGCUCGGUGUUCCUGUGUUAAUAAAUUGAUGUUUCCUUGCUUCUGGGAGGCCAGCUCAUCAGAAGGCUGUGCUCUAGCAGUGCUCAGUGGCCCCUAGCAACUAACUUAGACCCUGUUGGUGCGUAAUUUACUUGCGAUGUGGGUUUGUUCAGAUUUGGGAAAACCAUACAACUCACCUUUCAUGUAAAAAUGACUUCAAAUAUAGAAUACCAAUGUUUGUUCUAAACUCGGCCACAAAUCCUCUGGCUUACGCUUUAUUCAAGCGUGACAGUAAACGGGCAUUAAAAGGACAAUAACUUGCCUCUUAGGUUGCUCGAUGCGGCGAUCAUUCAAAGGCGGCGUUUGUUCAAAAUGACAUUUCUUGAAUAAAUGACAAAAAUUACCAUGAAUCAUCUGAAAAUAAUAUGUAAAACAGAACGACGUUUUCAGUUUAAGGUUCCAAAGUCUCGCUGGAACUAUAGGUAUAUAUGUGCCGCCCCAAAGGGCAUUGGUUUUUGGACCUUUUUGGUCUGAAAACGGCUACUAUACACUUUGACCAUUUUGGUCUGGAAUCGGGUAUGGUUUUCGAGGGAACUACGGGAGCGUAUGAACGUAUUUAUCGUUUCAAUUCCAAAUGAAUAAGAACGAAUUAGAAAUAUGGCAAUUCGAAAUACAUUUGACGAUUUUUUUUUGCCCUCUAAUUUAAGUAAUGAUGACAUAAUUUUUGCCUUAAGGCCAGGUCUGAAAACGGGUAUGUAUUUUAGAGGUCUGGUCUGAAAACUGGUGUCGUAAACGACAUUUUUUGGUCUGAAAUAGAGUCAGGACUUGGAUAACCGGGCGGCAAGCCCCCCCCCAAUAAUUCCCAAGAGUACCUCCCCCCCGGGUUUCAUCUAGACAUUUCGGUCCGUGUGCUUACCAAGCAGAGAAGAAAUUAAAGAUGGCUGGAACUAUGACAAACAUGCAAUUUUUGCCCUUCUGCAGUCCUUAGUAGCGUUAAUUAAUAACUAGCUUUCACCAGAAACUGUAGAAAAAAACUGUAAACUUUUAUCAAAUAACCAAACCGGUUUCUUUCAAAGACAUAAACUUGAACGCCCAGCUAAAGUUCUGUACCAAUUAAGAAAUGGUAAACGUGCAGCGUGCAACCAUGGAGUUAUGGAUGCACGCGGGAGGUUGCUAAGCACGAAAGAAGCGUAAGAGUCGCACGAGGCGAUAGCCGAGUGCGACUCUAGCUUCUUGAGUGCUCAGCAAACCUCCCAAGUGCAUCCAUAACUCCAUGGUUGCACAGCUGCAACGUUUACCAUUUCUUUUAUAACAUAAUCAAAAGAGAAAAACAUUGUUUUCCAUUUGCCUUCAGUUGAGUCAUCGGUCGGAGUUCAUGUAUGCUGCCAUCUGCCCGCGCGUAAACAAAUCAUGUUCUAUGUUUUUCAAAAACUUGCCUUUGAGUUUUUCUUUCGCUGAAUCAGCCGUUCUCCGUCUUCAGGUAGAUUGCAAAACGUUUUUUGUUAUUAUUGUGAAUGGCAUCUGUCUACUUGCUCUUAAUAUUAGGGUAAAAACUUUGAGGGAAAACUAUAUCUGCAACUAUAAACACCAACUAAAAAGACUCUAAAAAAUAAGCUAAAACUAAAUAAAUGAAUAAUUAUCAAGCUUAUUUAUGUGACAAUUAUUUUUUGAAAUAAACGUACAGUAGAAAUGAGAAAAUUUGACAGUAACUCCUUUAGAAUAACCGGUAACACUAAUUUUAAAAAGAAAUUAACUAGCUUUGUAUCGAAAUCUGUCUGGAGAAAUCCAGCUAUGAAAGUCAACUGAAAUUCGCCGACACACAGCCGGCGCUGAAGCUGUUGUUUUUCGACUGUUCCCUGAACGACUGUUAUGAAUGAACACUGAGGAACAAAAUAAUACACACAGAAGUUAUUUUUUGAAAAAUUUAUUUGAAAACCCAAAUGUUUCUGUACUCAAAUGAAAUUCGCUUAUUCCAGCGUUAUGUGCCCGUUUAAACUCAACUAAAAUUGUUAAUCGAUGCGAUGAAAACUUCACAACAAAGCUGUCUCGAAUUUGAGCGUGUUUCCUAAAAUAUUUGCUUGAAUGUAGCGUCAGCUUGACCAAAAAGUCAAUAACACAAUGGUAAUUGAUAAAUUUACAUUUCAAACAGACUUUCUCCUCUAUAAAAAAACACACAAAAUGUACCUUAAAUCUUCGCUCGCUCGAUUUUCCUCCAGCCGAUUCUAGCCGCGAGGAAAACAGUGAUUAAUUCAUCCAGGGCAAAUUUGUCGCUUGAUCUUUUGUCUUUUUUCCUUCAAAACGACAGCUUAGUAUUUUCUUCACCUUCCACUUUUCAUCUGUGCAUUUCAUCGGUGUAUUUUACCGUCAGGAGAGGAGGUUUGUUGAAUUUGCCUAAAUUUUACCGCGCUAGCUCAGUUUCUUAGCGUGCACCCACGGGCAAAUGGUAGUGGCUAACUGACCAAUCAGAGCGCGCGAUUUACUUUUGUUAUGUUAUAAUAUAAAAUGGAAACUUGGUUUUAGAUUCUUGGCUGGAUUCUGUCCAUUCUGACGAUAGCUGGAAAUGGUUUCACCGUACUUUUUGUGGGCAGUCGGCGUCGGCUUCGCACCAAAACCAACGCGCUCAUUGUUUCACCUGCGGUGGCGGAUUUCUGUGUUGGCUCGUUUGCUGUUCCUUCACUGUUCUUCUGUCACAUUACGGGUGGUUGCAAUUGGCCUCGACCCUAUGCGCCCUGGGUGGAAUUUAUAAGGUGGCUCUUUGCGUGCGCCUCUCUAUAA